AUGUUUGAGGAAACUAAAAUUAAUGAUAUAAUAAAAGGAUACUUAGCUACACCUAUUAAAUUAAGAGAAUUCAUUGGGUCUACUGUUUUAUCUCAAAAAACAAAUAUUCCAAAAAUUACAAUUAGUAGUUCUCGUGCUAUGAUAGCAAUUUCUACAGAAAAAGAAAUUCGGAAUAGUACACCAGCACAAAAACGUGCAGCUUGUUCUAUAAAGGCUGCUAAAACAAAAAUCAAAGAGCUAGAACAAGUAUAUAACUUUACUUCUAAUUCACAACUUCAAUUUAAAGCAUUAGAAGAACAACAAGAGGUAGUUUGGUAUGACAAAUGUAGUAGACCAUCAUACUUACUUCGGAACUCAGACUUACUGAAACAUAUUUAUAAUUCAAUCAAAUAUGGAUCAGCAGAUACACAAAGACGUAAAGAAGCAAUUAAAGUAAGAAUUGUGAAUCAUCUAAGAGAAAAUCUUAAAAAAAACUAUGGCAUCUAUAUGGCAAGAACAACUCUAAACAACUACCUUUUGCCUCAUCAUUCCAACUUACUUAUAGCAAAGGCACAUUAUCAUUCCACCUGGGUAGCUAUGGCUGGAGUUUCACAUGAUAAAACAAAGUACCAUCUUGAUGGCCACUAUUGUCUUGCUUCUGUAAAAGGUGUAAGACAAUUUGUACAAACCUUUGCUGAUCUUUCUGUAAUUAUCUCACAAGAUAAUAAGACGAAGAUAGGUUUAGGAGUAGCUGCUGUUAGUAGAAUAUUUUAUAUCUUACAAUCUUCCUCUCAAUCAGUUCAAUUACCCGAUUAUAAUUUCGUACAUAGAAGGCAGUCAAAGUAUAAUCCAGUCGAAAAAGAAAUAGCUACACUUUCUGGUAAGUUGGCUGAAGUUGUUUUGCUGAUAGAUUAUUUUAGAAAGCAUCUUGAUAGUCAGAGUAGAGUUGUUGAUAAUGAAUUAGCAACUAAAAAUUUUCAUUAUGCUGGUUCUAUGUUGUGUGACAUAUGGGAUCGAAACCCAAUUUUUGAAAAAUAUGUAAAAGCAAUAUACAUUGAUAAAAUAACUAAUCCAUUUCAGAAUUUUGAUGAUGAAGAGGAACAAGACUUUAAUGAAUCUACUAAUACUUCUGUUUCAUGA